AUGGCUGCUCUGGAUCACCAACCUAGCCAAUCGCAACACUUCGUUGUGGGUCCCCUGUCGCCCGGGGUGUCCAUCCAAAUUUUCUUCCAGACGCAUUGUGUCAAGAUUCCAAGCGGCGGAGUUGACGUGCUGGAGGCACAGGUGACUCCGCCGGUCAUUUCGGUGCACCCGCGUGCCACAUUCUUGGACAGCAACGGAUACGAUGAGGACUGUCAGAUACGACGGCAAAUAUUUCUGCGCAGCUUUCAAAAUCUAGAGCUAAACUGA